AAAGACUCAAGGAAUUUUGGUUUCCUAAUGAAUUGCAGGUUGACCGGAUCACGUGCGCGUAAGGUUAGGCAAAGGAAGAAUGGUGGCUCUUCAUUAUCUCGUGGAGGACGUGAUAUUCCUCCUGCGGCAGCUUUAUUAAGAGGCGGAGGGAGGAAAGGAAUGGUCAAACCCUCCUGUGCCGCCUGCCGCCCCUCCCGGCCCGUGCCAGCCCGCCCGUUGGCCCACACACUGCUCCGCGCCGACCCCGAAGCUCCGCCUUCUUAUCUAAGCUCCGCCCCUCCCCUGCGUCCCCCGGAAGCAGUGUGUCAGCAGCGCUACGCCGAGCGGGUCAGCAGCGCCGUGGUACACGUCGGCCAACGCUGCGAACUUCAGUGACCUUCCGCAGGACCCGAAGACAGACAGACAGUCGUCCUCAAGCAUCGGGACACAGAGCCUCGUUGUGGGCGUUGCAGGAGCGGCCGCGGGCUGGCCUCGAGCUGCUGGUGUGCUGCAGGGGCGCGCCUGGACCCUGAGGCGACCAUCGGGCAGGCUCUGCGGCGCCGGGAGGAGGUUCCCGUCGAGAAAUGAGGAAAGUACGAGGCAAACAGUAGAAAAAAAUACCUCAAACACUCCCUUCGUAAAAGCAAGCAUGAGCGUGGCGGUGGUGGUGGUGGUAGUGGUGGCGGCGGUGGUGGUGGUGCUCCCGGAGGCGUGCGAGGCCUUGGUGACAUGUCCUGAGAAGUGUUUUUGCCUCUCCGAUACUAAGGUCAUAUGCAACGGCGGCAAUCUCUCGGCGGUCCCUCAGCGGCUGCCGGAGACUGUGGAGGACCUGACCUUCUCCAAGAAUGACCUGCGGACGCUGGAGACGGAGAUGUUCGUGCGUUGGCGCCACCUGAAGACGCUCUCGCUCAAUGACAACCAGAUCCGGAAGAUAAAACCCUUCGUCUUCCGCGGCCUCGGCCACCUCAAGGACAUAUCCAUCCAGAACAACCCCCUGACGGAGCUCCCGCAGUUUGCCUUCGCCGGCCUGGAGAGCGUGAACCAAAUCAACCUCUCCAAGAACCGCAUCGAGGUGAUCAACCCGUACGUCUUCGCGGGCAGCAGGAACAUCGGUAUGAUCCUCCUGCAGGAGAACCCAGUGUACAGAGUGCGCGCCCGGGCCUUCUCCGGCCUCCGUAUGGUGCAGUUCCUCUACCUGCCUUCCUGGGUCAAGGUGAUUGAGUCCGAUGCCUUCUUUGACCUCGAGGGCGUGGGUCUGCUCCGCCUCCACAGCCUCAACCUCCACGCCCUGCGCCCAUACACCUUCAGGGGUCUGAGGAACGUGACGCAGAUCUCCAUCCAAGAGUCUGACCUGGGCCAGCUGCGGGACCAGGCCUUCGAGGGGCUGCGGAACGUUGGCGAGCUGCGUAUCCUCAACAACAAGGUGGACGACUUGGAGUCCCUGGAGGUGCGGGAGGAGGCCAACGUGGACGGGGUGUUGGUGCGCGGCAACCACUUCCUGCACGUGAGCCGCGAGAUGCCCUUCAGAAUCUACGCCAACGACCGCACCAUCUUCACGGAGAACUACGUGCCGUGCACGUGCCAGCUGUGGUGGGUGCUGCACUCGCCCCUGGUGGUGCGCGUGUCGCUGUUCAGGCGCCACAACUACUGCGUGUCGCCCUACCCGCUGCACGGCCACUCCAUCGACAAGGUGCCGCUGCACGAGCUGGACCGCUGCCCCGCCCCGCAGGAGCUGCAGCUUCCCAAGAGUAGCGAAGCGUCCAUCGCCGCCGCCCAGCGCUCCGCCCCCCUCAUGUGCUGCCCCGGUGUGCCUGCCCCGCUGCUGCUGCUGCUGCUACUCCUGCUGCUGCUGCUCGCUGACUGCUGACCGGGUCGGAAGCCCCUGACGGUGCUUUAGUUAGUAGAACUUAUGUACAUAUGUAGCUCCCACCUAAUAUUGUAAGGAUUCUGAA